GCCACAUUUAGUCUCACUCUUUUUUUUUUUUUUUCUUUUGUCUCUCAAUCUUCACUUUCUGACGUCAAAGCGUUAAACGACCCCUUUUUCUCCUGAAAAAAAAGAAAAAAAGGUAACAAAAAGAAAAACUAAAUAUUUUCUUCCUCACUGUCCCACUGCCAUGAGCACCAAAUCUUGAAGCUCUUCUACAACCAAAAAGAGCGUCUUCCAUGGAGACCAGAAUCCUUUGCUUUCUGUCUCUUCUUCUUCUUCCUUCCCUCGUUCCCUUCUCUGUUUCUUUUACUCCCUUAGACAACUAUCUUAUCAAUUGUGGCUCACCCACUGACCAAAAGUUCGAUAACCGGCUCUUUCUUGGCGAUUCCUCUAAAAACAGUUCGGUUUCUUUCUCUAAGGAAGGAUCCAUUUCGCUCAGUAACCAAAACCCACCUCCAAAUUCACCUAGUAUUUACCACACAGCUAGAGUCUUCAGAAAAGACUCGAGCUACAAUUUCAACAUCAAGAAAAAUGGGACUCACAUGGUACGUUUCCAUUUCUCACCGUUUACUGCUCAAGAUUUUGCUUUAACAUCUGCGAAUUUUAGCGUUUAUGUUAAUGGAUUUAUGGUAUUGAAUGAUUUCAAUGUUAGAGAUAAUAUUGUUAAAGAGUACAUACUGAAAAUAGACAAAGAUAAGCUUGAAAUUAUAUUUGAGCCAGCGGGUGGUAAAUCGGGUUUGGCUUUUGUUAACGCCAUUGAAGUUUUCUCGGCUCCACGGGACUUUAUUGUUGAUUAUGGAGCUAAGUUGAUCAACGCAAAUGGAGCUGAAGAGUACGAUAACAUUUCAUCACAGAUUUUAGAGACUAUUCAUAGGAUUAAUGUUGGAGGUCCAAAGUUGACCCCUUUCAAUGAUACUUUGUGGAGGACUUGGAUUCCUGAUGAGGAUUAUCUUGUUUUGAAAUCUGCUGCAAAGCGUGCAUCAACCACUCAUGUGCCUAAUUAUCAGAAUGGAGGUGCAAGCCGAGAGAUUGCUCCUGAUAAUGUCUAUAUGACCCUUCAGCAGAUGAAUAGGGACUCUACUUUGGCCACAAAGUUCAACAUUACAUGGAAGUUUCCAGUGGGUUCAGGCACUGUUCGGCACUUUGUUCGGCUGCAUUUUUGUGAUUUUGUUAGUACUGCACUUGGUUCACUGUACUUUAAUGUUUACAUCAAUGGUUACUCUGCCUAUAGGGAUCUUGAUCUUUCAUCCAUUACAUUUCAUGUUCCUGCAUCUCCAGCAUAUUUUGAUUUUGUUGUGGACUCCGACAAUUCAGGAUUUGUGCAAAUUAGUGUUGGUCCUUCUGAGCUGAGUAGUCCUGCUAGGAUUAAUGCUAUUUUGAACGGAGCAGAGAUCAUGAAGUUGGUGAAUGAGCAAACAAAAUCUGCGCAAAAAGAGAAAACUAUUUGGGUUUUGGUGGGUUCAGUUGCUGGAGGCAUUAUUGUUCUAUGUUUGUCAACACUUGCAAUUUUACUUGCUCUGAGAUGCAGGAAGAAGAAACCGAAACCAAGACCCGCAGAAAGUGUCGGUUGGACACCCUUACGUGUAUAUGGAGGCAGUUCACACAGUAGAAUGUCUGAAGCUACAGCUUAUACAUCUCCAGGCCCAAAUGGAUAUCUUGGUUUGAAAGUCCCUUUUGCUGAUAUACUGUUGGCAACAAACAAUUUUGAUAGGAGUCUGAUUGUAGGUUCUGGUGGAUUUGGAAUGGUUUUUAAGGGGGUUCUUAAGGACAACACAAAAGUUGCUGUGAAGAGAGGUAUGCCGGGAUCUAGACAGGGCCUUCCUGAAUUCCAGACUGAAAUAACAGUUCUUUCAAAAAUUCGCCAUCGCCAUCUUGUUUCACUUGUUGGAUAUUGUGAAGAACAGUCAGAGAUGAUUUUAGUUUAUGAGUACAUGGAAAAGGGACCAUUGAAAAGCCAUUUGUAUGGCUCAAAAUUUCCACCUUUGUCUUGGAAGCAGCGACUUGAAAUAUGCAUUGGUUCAGCAAGAGGUCUUCACUACCUUCAUACAGGUUCAGCACAAGGAAUCAUCCAUCGUGAUAUUAAAUCAACCAAUAUUUUGCUUGACCAAAAUUAUGUGGCAAAGGUGGCUGAUUUUGGACUAUCACGAUCUGGUCCAUGUCUCAAUGAAACCCAUGUAAGUACUGGUGUAAAAGGUAGUUUUGGAUAUCUUGAUCCUGAGUAUUUCCGUAGACAGCAACUCACGGAUAAGUCAGAUGUUUAUUCAUUUGGGGUUGUACUUUUCGAAGUUCUUUGCGCUAGACCAGCUGUUGAUCCAUUGCUAGCCAGAGAACAGGUGAAUUUAGCUGAAUGGGCACUUCAAUGGCAGAGGAAAGGCAUGCUUGAGCAAAUUAUUGAUCCCCAUCUUGUCGGACAGAUUAAACCAGACUCCUUGAAGAAAUAUGGAGAGACAGCGGAGAAAUGUCUGGCUGAAUAUGGUGUUGAUAGGCCAACCAUGGGUGAUGUAUUGUGGAAUUUGGAACAUGUACUUCAACUUCAGGAAGCUGAACCCCAUAGAAAAAGGCAAGAACGUGGGAAUGAUGAUUCAUCAUCCCAACCUCGGACAGCUGGAAUUAUUCCCGGGGUUCCUUCUAGCAGUAUAAGACCGGAGGCAUAUGAUGGUAAUGGUGGUUCGGAAAUUAAUACAAGCCAAGUUUUUUCGCAGUUGAUGACAAACGAAGGCAGAUAGCUUUAGUUUCAUGCUGCAUGUUUGCAAUCCCUGUGUAUAGGCAUCUUAUUAGUUAAAUUCCCAUAUAUUAAUACGUCCUCCACAACAAAUCAUACAAGGCAUCAACAAGUUCUACCUUCUUUCACCACUAUUUCUUUUUUUUUUUUUUUUUUUUUUUCUUUUUUCAACUUCUACCAAAAUUUUCAUGUUAAACAUAUUUCUGACUUUGUAGGCUAUUUGCGCAAUACCUUUAAAUAUAUUGUAAGAUUAUCUAUUGUUAUAUUGUA